GUUCUCGUUUUGUUUCUUUAAAUUAUUUGAAGGGAAAAUUUAAAAAAGGAACAGUUAUGAGAUUAACGUCUACCUUAUUAAAACGCAUAGGAGAAUGGUCAAAAAAAUAUGCAAAUUUACCAGAUAGUUAUAUAGAACGGGCUAUGGCACAGGUUUAUUGGAGAACACCUCGUGGUAAGCCAAAUUAUUUGCCACGUUCGAUUGAAAGGAAAGAUUUUCGUUUCUCAAUACAUCGUCCAUGGACUAAUCAAUUCCAUCGUGAUAAUAGACCUGGUCAGAGACAUAAAUUCAUUCACGUUGAGCCUAUUAAGGAUUGGAGUUUCUUUAGGGGUGAUAGGGUAGAAGUUUUAGUAGGGAAUGAUAAAGGAAAGCAAGGGAUUGUAAAAGAAAUCUAUCAAGAAAGAAAUUGGGUAAUUGUUGAAGGACUUAAUACAAAACUAAAAUGCAUUAUGAAGGAUAAACAGUUUCCUGGUUUAUAUAUGAAGGAGGAACAGCCAUUAUUAGUAAUCACACAAAUACAGUUGGUUGAUCCUUCAGACAUGCGAGGAACUGCAAUAGAAUGGCGAUACACAGAAGAUGGCCAAAAAGUUCGCAUAUCCUUGAGAACUGGUAGAGUAAUUCCUAUUCCUGUUUCGAAUGAAGAAACAAUAGAUUAUAAAUCUCCUAAGUUUUAUCAUGAACAAGCAAAAGAUACAAGUAAAGCCGAAACAGAAAAAAUAACUUUUAUGCCAUCAUUGAAGACUUUUGAGAUGGAUAUCAUGGAUGAAAUGGGUAUUAAAGACGAUCGUAUUCAGAAGAGCUAUUAUUGGUAUUAAUUAUUGUUAUAUACAAUUUCUUGUAUUAAAGUUUCUCUACAAUUACAAUUUAAUAAAUAUUUAAUUAAAUGAAUGAAAGAA